AUGGCCUUUUUAUUAAGUGGUUCGUUUCUGGUGGAUGCUAUAGGGAUAUUUGUAGCCCUUUUUGCUGUAAUAUACACAUCCUUUAAGUGGAGCUAUGGAUACUGGAAGAGGAAGAAUUUACAGUACAUGGAACCUACGUUUCCUUUUGGAAAUUUGGAGAGCGUUUUUAAGAAGGAUAGAUUAUCUUUUGUAGAUAGAGCAAAAAAGUACUACGAAUUCGGAAAGAAGAAUAAUUUAAAACACUUUGGUAUUUACUUCCUGAAAAACCCUGUAUAUUUUGUGAGGGAUUUGGAGUACAUUAAAAACAUUUUGGCAACUGAUUUUGAUUAUUGGGUCGAUAGAGGAAAUUAUUAUAAUGAAAAAGCCGACCCUCUUAGCGGACAUUUGUUCAACUUGGGUGGAAAUAGAUGGAAAAAUAUUCGUAAAAAGUUGACACCAACUUUUACUUCGGGCAAAAUGAAGCUAAUGUUUAAAACCAUUGCGGAUUGUGGCGUUUUUUUGGAGCAAGCCAUGGAUGAAAAAUUAAAAGACCAUCAAGCCAUUGAUAUAAAAGAAGUUUUGGGAAAUUUUACGACAGAUGUUAUAGGUUCUUGUGCGUUUGGUUUGGAGUGCAACUCGUUUAAGGAGGAUUCGGAAUUUAGACGAUACGGAAAAAAAGUUUUUCAAAGCUCUUAUUCAAAUAUAGCCAAAGUGAAUUUUGCUAGUGCAUUCCCAGGUCUCGCUAGAAUGUUAAACGUAAAAAUAUCCCAACAAGACGUAAGCGACUUCUUUAUAAACGUCGUGAGAGAUACUGUAAAGUACAGGAGAGAAAACAACGUGACCCGCAAAGAUUUCUUGCAACUCUUGAUCGACCUCGAAAAAGAAGACCCGGACGGUGACGGCAAUUCGUUGACCUUGAACGAAAUGGCGGCGCAGGCUUUUGUUUUCUUCGUUGCAGGAUUUGAAACUUCGGCCACCACAAUGACCUUCGCUCUAUUCGAGAUGAGUUUGAACCAGGACGUGCAGGAGCGGGUCAGGCAGGAAGUUAAGGAAGUUUUGGCCAGGCACAAUGGGGAGAUCAACUACGAUUCCAUAAUGGAGAUGAGGUAUAUGGAGCAAGUCGUACGAGAGACAUUAAGGAAGUACCCGCCAUUAGCAGCAUUAACUAGACGGUGCAUCAAGGACUACAAAGUACCUGAUAGUGAUUUGGUUAUAGAAAAAGGUACUCUAGCUUUUAUAUCGAUCGUUGGUAUUCACUACGACGAAGACCACUUUCCAAAUCCGGAAAAAUUCGAUCCUGACCGAUUCAGCGAUGAGAACAAACACGAAAUUAAACCUUUUUCACAUUUGGGUUUUGGUGGAGGAAGAAGAGAAUGCAUUGGCGAAAGAUUUGGAGUUAUGCAAUCCAAGGUCGGACUUGCAACUCUACUGAGGAGAUACAAAUUUACUUUAAGUGAUAAAACUCAAGUUCCUCUCAAGAUGCAUCCUCUACAGUUCAUAACAACAGCUUUGGGGGAUAUUUGGCUGAACCAUGAGAAAAUUUAA